CGAUCAAAAAGUUUUUGCCCUAACACUCCCUCUCACCCCUGCGGCCCUGCCACCGACCUCAGCCCCCAUCCCUUCCCCUCCCCCUCUUCCCUUCCGGCCGCUCGCCGAACGCCAUCGGAAGCCCCCGCGGCGCCACAUCGAAGAUCGUGUUCUUCACUCUUCAUAAAUCGAAACCCUCCUCGUCGCCUCUUACUCUUCCUCUUCCGCUUCCGCUCUCCAACGAUGGAUCAGUAAUCGGGUGGUUCUUUACAAACCAGUCGACUCCACUGCGCCUUCUUACUUAUCUAGGGCUAGGGUUUAUCUCCACCCCUCUCCUUCGCAUGGGGAAGAAGCGGAAGCACGCGGAGGCGGCGGAGGCACCGAAGAAGGACGACUCGGCUCCGCCGAGGCCGAAACGCACUCUCACUGGUUGGAAGGAUGGCGAACCGGAGAAGCCGAGCGAUUCGAGCGCACACACUGUUUUCCGCAACAAAGAGAAGGUCUUGAUCACUUGCUCGCGGCGAAUCAACUAUAGGUAUCGGCAUCUUAUGCUUAAUGUAGUGUCUCUGCUACCCCACUGCAAGAAAGAUAGCAAGGUCGAGUCGAAAGAGAGCAAAGGGUCGACUCUGAAUGAGCUGAUCGAGCUGAGGAAUUGCUCUAGCUGCUUAUUCUUUGAGUGCAGGAAACAGAAAGAUCUUUACCUCUGGAUGGUUAAGUCUCCAAGCGGGCCAUCAGUCAAGUUCUUAGUUAAUGCUGUUCACACGAUGGAUGAAUUGAAGCUUACUGGCAAUCAUCUAAAAGGUUCCCGCCCAUUGUUAACAUUUUCAACAAACUUCGAUAAGGAACCUCACUGGAAACUUGUAAAGGAGAUGAUAACUCAGAUAUUUGCGACACCGAAAGACCACAGGAAAUCUAAGCCUUUCCAUGACCACGUGUUUGUAUUUUCAAUUUUGGAUGAUCAUGUAUGGUUCCGGAAUUACCAGAUUUCUGUUCCCCACAAUGAGACUGAUAAAGUGGACCGAGGAGGUUUAGAUAAAAUGACGCUUGUCGAGGUUGGUCCAAGGUUUUGUUUGAACCCGAUCAAGAUAUUUGGUGGCAGUUUUGGUGGCCCGACGUUAUAUGAGAAUCCAUUCUACGUAUCACCAAAUCAGAUCCGGGCUCUGGAGAAGAGGAAGAAAGCCGGAAAGUAUGUGAAGAAGGUGAAGGCCAAGACGAGGCGAAAGAUACAUGAAAUGUCGAACGCCUUGGAGCCGGACGAGUUUGCGGAUUUGUGGAAGGAAUAAAUUAAAUUUUGUCAGCUCACAUAAAUUUCGAAUUUCAGGAAAUUUUGACCUCAUGUUUCCUACUGGCUUUGAACUUGGAUGUACUUUUCUUCUUUCUUAGUUUUGAAUGUUCUGAUGUUUUCUCCACCAUGGUCUCUUUUCUUUACAUUGUUCAUGUAUGAAUAUACUUUGUCAUUAUCUAUUUAAAAAACAAUGCUGCUCUUUUUAUUGAUUUCA